AUGUCUACACAAGAAGAGCCUCCAGAGCAGACCCGUUUGCUCCUGCGUCGCACGCUGAGCACUCGGUUUCCCCUUAUCCUUGGUGAGAUGCAGCUGCCCAAUAUGGGCCCUAGCCCGAACAUUCCCUAUGACGUACUGCUUCGCCGCUACGUCGAUCUGCGCGAUGCGGCCCGCGAUCUGAUCUCUGCCGACCUGAGGCAGUCGCUCAGCGUGCACGACACCUAUCUGCGUCUCUGUCAAACCCAUGACUACCCGCUGAACAAUCACUACUUGGGGUACCUCACUCGAUACGCCACGGUGCAAGCCGCCAUUGCGAGCGGCUCGGCCCGAGAUGUGGUGGACAAGGUUCGCCAUCUCGACUUUCUCCCCACCUAUGUUGGUAAGCUCAUGUGGCUGCCCAUCUUCGUUACCCUCUCCAACUGCGUUCUCCUUCACUCUUUGUCACUGUCAAGCCAACAGCUGGACAGUGAUUUGAUCCUUCUCCUCGCCCACAGCCUCCCUCCUCUCGUCCAACUUGCCUGCUUGGACGUAUCUGGGAAUCCGAUCGGCUGCACCGGUCUGCAGGCUCUCAUACGACUCGUGAAGUCCUCUCCCUCCUUGACGCAGUGCAACGUACACGGCGCUGCAUCGAUUGCACCUCUGACUAGGCGGCUCGAGGCCGCUUUGGCUCGCAAUCAAGAACACACAUCUCCGACAGCGGUGGCGAGCCAGUGA